GAGAAUGUCCAGGGUGGUCGUUGUGACCAGUGCAGAGUGGGAACCUUCCACCUGGAUCCCACCAACCCUAAAGGCUGCACUUCCUGUUUCUGUUUCGGCGCCACCAACCGCUGUCGCAGCUCAGAGAAACGACGGACUGAGGUAGAGGACAGUACAGCAGACAGGGGUUUGCUCAACAGUUCCAUAUUUUGUCCACAGGUUCCCAGAUUAUAUUACAACGGACGUAAAACUCAGAUUCUGUGCUGCAACACAAUUAGCAUGUUUUGACUCAAUGCUGAGUGGUUUAGGUAAAGUGUGCUAAUACUGUACGUAUUAACAGUUAUGGACAGUGAUAAACAGAUAACUACCUAAAUAAUGGAAACAUUUGAGUAAAUUAGGGAUACAAAGUAUUGUAAAUUGAAAGCAGGUGGAGGUUAUUUAACUGACAGACAAACAGACAGGCAAUUAUAUCCAGUAAUCCAUAUCCUCGGCUGCAACAUUAACCCCUACUGUAAACCGUUAUUCACUUGAGAUUAUUUGAAGUAUUGCACACCUCGUCAGUGCAAGAUAGAGUCAGUGCAGAUAGUUCUGGUACCAUUCAUUGACUAGUCUGUCUGUUUAGCAGUCUUGUGGCUUGGGUGUAGAAGCCUGUUGGUCCGAGAGCCGAUGCUCCGGUACCGUUUGCCGGACGGUAGCAGAGUGAACAGUCUAUGGCUUGGGUGGCUGGAGUAUUUGGCAAUUUUUCGGGCCUUCCUCUGACACCGCCUGAUAUAGAGGUCCUGGAUGACAGGGAGCUCGGCCCCAGUGAUGUACUGCGCUGUCCGCACCACCCUCUGUAGCGCUUUGCGGUCAAGGGCGGUGCAUUUGCCAUACAACGCGGUGAUGCAGCCAGUCAAGAUGCUCUCGAUGGUGCAGCAGUAGAACUUUCCGAGGGCCCAUGCCAAAUCUUUUCAGCCUCCUGAGGAGGGUAAAGGGCGCUGCCGUGCCCUCUUCACGACUGUGUGGGUGUGUGUGGACCAUGUUAGGUCCUAAGUGAUGUUGACGCACUCUACCUGCUCGACAACAGGCCCCGUCGAUAUGGAUGGGGGCGUGCUCUCCCCUCUUUCUUUCUGCUGUAGUCCACGAUCAGCUCCCUGGUCUUACUGACGUUGAGGGAGAGGUUGUUGUCCCAGCAACACCCUGCCAGGUCUCUGACCUCCUCCCUGUAGGCUGACUCAACCGUUGUGUCAUCAGCAAACUUGAUGAUGGUGUUGCUGUCGUGCGUGGUCACACAGUCGUGGGUGAACAGGGAGUACAGGAGCGGACUAAGCACAAACCCCUAUGGUGUAGAACGCUGAGCUGUAGUCUAUGAACAGCAUUCUCACAUAGUUAUUUCCCCUCUUGUCCAGGUGGGAGAGGGCAAUGUGAAGUGCAAUUGAGAUUGUGUCAUCUGUGGAUCUGUUGGGGCAGUAUGCGAACUGGAGUGGGUCUAGGGUGUCUGGGAUGAUGGUGUUGAUGUGUGUCAUGACCAGCCUUUCAAAGCACUUCAUGAUUACAGAUGUGAGUGCUACAGGGCGAUAGUCGUUUAGGCAGGUUACCUUGGAGCUCUUAGGAACAGGGACAAUGGUGGUCAGUUUGAAACAUGUUGGGAUUAUAGACUGGGACUGUCUGGAUAGAUUGAAAAUGUCUGUGAAGACACUUGCCAGCUGGUCUGCGCAUGCUUUGAGAACGCGCCCUGGUAUUCCGGCCUUGUGAUUGUUAACCUGUUUAAACGUUUUGCUCACAUCGACCACGGAGAGCGAGAUCACACAGUCAUCUGGAAAAACAGGGGCUUUCACUGUGAGGACGACAUCGUCUAUGCACUUAUUGAUGAAGCCCGUGACUGUUGUGGUAAACUCCUCAAUGCUAUCAGAUGAAUUCUGGAACAUAUCCCUGUCUGUACUAGCAAAACAGUCUUGUAGCCUCGUGACUGCUUCAUCGGACCGCUUCCAUAUUGAGCGCAUCACUUGUACUUCCUGUUUGAGCUUUUGUUUGUAAACAGGAAGCAGGAGAAUGGAGUCAUGGUCAGAUUUGCUGAAGGGAGGACAAGGGAGGGCUUGUAUGUGUUUCUGUGGGUAGAAUUAAAGUGGGCUAGAGUUUUUGCGCCCCUAGUGGCGCAGAAGAGGUCUUGGUAGAAGUGAGGUAGGAAGGUUUUAAGUCUCCCCGAGUUAAAGUCUCCGCCCACCAGAAACGUUGCCUCUGGGUGAGCGGUUUCAAUCAAAUGUAUUUUAUAAAGCCCUUUUUACAUCAGCAGUUUUCACAAAGUGCUAUACAGAAACCCAGCCUAAAACCCCAAACAGCAAGCAAUGCAGAUGCAUUGCACGGUGGCUAGGAAAAACUCCCUAGAAAGGCAGGAACCUAGGAAGAAACCUAGAGAGGAACCAGGCUCUGAGGAGUGGCCAGUCCUCUUCUGGCUGUGCCGGGUGGAGAUUAUAAGAGUACAUGGCCAUUUAACGCCAGAUUGUUCUUCAAGAUGAUCAAACGUUCGUAGAUGACCAGCAGGGUCAAAUAAUAAUCACAGUGGUUGUAGAGGGUGCAACAGGUAAGUACCUCAGGAGUAAAUGUCAGUUGGCUUUUCAUAGCCGAGCAUUCAGAGGUCGACACAGCAGGUGCGGUAGAGAGAGAGGGAGAGUCGAAAACAGCAGGUCCGGGACAAGGUAGCACAUCCAGUGAACAGGUCAGGGUUCCCUAGCCACAGACAGAACAGUUGAAACUGGAGCAGCAGCACGGCCAGGUGGACUGGGGCCAGCCAGGAGUCAUCAGGCCAGGUAGUCCUGAGGCAUGGUCCUAGGGCUCAGGUCCUCCGGGAGGGGAGGGAGAGAGAAUUAGAGGGAGCAUACUUAAAUUCACACAGGACACCAGAUAAAGCAGGAGAAUGACAACACAUAUAACAGACAUACCCUAACCCCCCGGCACAAAGACUAUUUCAGCAUAGAUACUGGAGACUGAGACAGGGGUGGGUCGGGGGACACUGUGGCCCCGUCCGACGAUACCCCCGGACAGGGCCAACCAGGCAGGAUAUAACCCCAUCCACUUUGCCAAAGCACAGCCCCCACACCACUAGAGGGAUAUCAACAGACCACCAACCUACUACCCUGAGACAAGGCUGAGUAUAGCCCACCAACCUACUACCCUGAGACAAGGCUGAGUAUAGCCCACGAAGAUCUCCUCCACCGCACGAGCCCGAGGGAGCGCAAAACCGGACAGGAAGAUCACGUCUGUGACUCAACCCACUCAAGUGAUGUACCCCUCCUAGGGACGGCGUGGGAGAGCACCAGUAAGCGAGUGACUCAGCCCCCGUAAUAGGGUUAGAGGCAGAGAAUCCCAGUGGAGAGGGAGGGGAGCCGGCCAGGCGGAGACAGCAAGGGCGGUUUGUCGCUCCAGUGCCUUGCAGUUCACCUUUGCACCCCUGGGCUAGACUACACUCAAUCAUAGGACCUUCUGAAUAGAUGAGUCUUCAGUAAAGACUUAAAGGUCAAGACCAAGUCUGCGUCUCUCACAUGGAUAGGCAGACCAUUCCAUAAAAAUGUUGCUCUAUAGGAGAAAGCCCUGCUUCCAGCUGUUUUCUUAGAAAGUCUAGGGACAAUAAGGAGGCCUGCGUCUUGUGACCAUAGCGUACGUGUAGGUAUGUACGGCAGGACCAAAUCGGAGAGAUAAGUAGGAGCAAGCCCAUGUAAUGCUUUGUAGGUUAGCAGUAAAACCUUGAAAUCAGCCCUAGCCUUAACAGGAAGCAAUAUGAUUGAAUUUGUUGGUUCUAUUCAGGAUUCUAGCAGCCGUGUUUAGCCCUAACUGAAGUUUAUUUAGUGCUUUAUCCGGGUAGCCGGAGAGUAGAGCAUUGCAGUAGUCUAAUCUAGAAGUGACAAAAGCAUGGAUUAGCUUUUCUGCAUAAUUUCUGGACAAAAAGUGUCUGAUAUUUGCAAUGUUAUGAAGAAAAAAGCUGUCCUUGAAAUAUUCUGGAUAUGUUCGUCAAAAGAGAGAUCAGGGUCCAGAGUAACGCCAAGGUCCUUCACAGUUUUAUUUGAGACGAAUGUACAGCCAUCGAGAUUAAUGGUCAGAUCGAACAGCAGAUCUCGUUGUUUCUUGGGACCUAGAACUAGCAUCUCUGUUUUGUCCGAGUUUAAAAGUAAAAAGAUUGCCGCCAUCCACUUCCUUAUGUCUGAAACACAGGCUUCCAGGGUAGGCAAUUUUCUCUGUGUUUCAUUGAAAUGUACAGAUGUGUGUCGUCUGCAUAGCAGUAAAAGUUGACAUUGUGUUUCCGAAUGACAUCACUAAGAGGUAGAAUAUAUAGUGAAAACAAUAGUGGUCCUAAAACAGAACCUUGAGGAACUCCGAAACGUACAAUUGAUUUGUCAGAGGUCAAACCAUCCACAGAGACAAACUGAUAUCUUUCCGACAGAUAAGAUCUAAACCAGGCAAGAACUUGUCCGUGUAGACCAGGGGUGUCAAAGUCAAAUGGACGGAGGGCCAAAUAAAAAAUUUAGCUACAAGCCGAGGGCCGGACUGUUCGAAUGUUCAUUGAAAAAUUUUUAAAUGACGCAUAUAGUCUAGUGAACCUAAUUGAACCUACUGAAAACCUAACAAAUAUAUUCCAAUAUGAUCAGAUAAAUAAAGCAAUAUUUUCUUAUGGCUCUGUCAGUAAUCUUUAAUUUUCAACAGACACAAAAGACAAAUUUCCUUUAUAUAAAAAUCCCCAUAACAUUAACAUUAAAUGAAAGAAACCGGUAUUCAAGGCACCAUCAGUAGCCUAUAUUUUCUAUUUUAGCAAAAGUGGGCUAAAUUUACUUCAAAGAAAAAAACAAUAAUAGCAAUUUUCUAUCAUCCACUCAACUGAAAUAUUUUUAAAAUAUAAUUGGAUUGAAAUACAAUAAAAUAAAGUGCAAAAAUCUAUUAAUCAAAAACAACACUUUGUUUAAGGAGAAGUAACAUGCAGUGAAAACAAAUAUUAAACUUUAACUUUUAAACUUGAACUGAGUAAAAACUCUAAAUAUGUGAUUGCACAGUAAUGUUCACUUGUUUGAGGUUGAGGGUGAUACUUGGUGGUGUCCCAUCUUUUCCACAAGUUCAUCAAUGUUCGGGGUAAGGCUCUGAGCUGAGGAAAUCCUCAGAAUUGAGUGGAGGUGUUCAGCAGUAAGUCGACUUCUGUGUGAUGUUUUGUUCAGGUUCAUCAAAGAAAACAGUUGUUCACACAGGUAUGUGCUGCCAAACAUAGACAACGUUUGAGCAGCCUGGAUGCGCAGCUGGGGCAUUUGUUCCAUGUCCAUAUUCUUGUUUUUGUCCGCGUGUUUCGUUUCAUAAUGUCGUCUCAGAUUAUACUCUUUCAGUACCGCCACACUUUCUCCACACAGAAGACACACAGGUUUUCCAGCUACCUCCGUGAACAUAUACUCCGACUCCCACCUUGUUUGAAACCCCCGGUUCUCAGUGUCCACCUUCCGUUUUGCCAUUUUUGAUGGGUAUCUGAAAGUUAAUUUUACUGUGAUGCUGACGACUGCUGUGCCAAUAAAUAUUGAAAUGAAGCAGCCUACUGCUCGGUGCGUCACCGUUGCAUUGUGGGAAAUGUAGUAUUGGUGCGUGUAAAAGAUCUGCGGGCUGCCGGCUUGCUGCGGUCUGCGGGCCGGUUCUAAUAAUAAAUCAAGAUCAUCCCAGGGGCCGUAAAAAACCUUCUCGCGGGCCGGAUGUGGCCCGCGGGCCUUGACUCUGACAUAUGUGGUGUAGACCAAUUAGGGUUUCCAAUCUCUCCAAAAGAAUGUGGUGAUCGAUGGUGUCAAAAGCAGCACUAAGGUCUAUGAGCGCGAGGACAGAUGCAGAGCCUUGGUCUGACGCCAUCAAAAGGUUUCUUGUUUCUUUAUGGCCCCAUACAGUUUGUUGAGUGCCAGAGUGGUGUUGGCUUGGGGAGGGAUGUAGACAGCUGUGAUAAUUACGGAUGAGAACUCUCUUGGUAGAUAAAAGGGUCCGCAGCUUACCAUGAGGUAAGUAUCUAUAUCAGGUGAAGAAAAGCUAGAGAUUUCCUUCACACUUGAAGUAGCACAUCAGUUGUUAUUUAUGAAAAAACACACUCCACCUCCUUUGAACUUCCCCGAAGCCGUUGUAGGAUCCUGUCGCUGCAUGGAGAAUCCACCGAGUACUACGUGCAUAGCGUCAUCAUCCAGCCACGUUUCAGUAAAACAUAUAUAAUAUUGCAGCUUUUCAAAUCUCUCUGAUAGGACACUCUCGAACGAAGCUCAUCCAUCUUAUUCUCGAGUGACUGGAAAUUUGGCAAUAGAACGAAGGGGAGCGCCAUUCGGUUUUUCUCUUCGCCUCAAUUUCACCCGAACUCCGUCUGGUCUCCCGCGACGUUUUGGUAGCCCAUUGAACAAAGGAAUAAGGUCCGGUAUGAACAGUGGAGCAGGUCGGAGUUGAAGUCGUAUUUGAAGUCGAAAUCGAGGUUAGUAACUGUCGAUCUGAUGUCCAGAGGUGCUUGGUGGUCAUGUGAUAAUAUUAUGAACUUUCUAUACAAAACGAGUAAAGAUAAACACGACAGUCGCAACUCAACAAUCAUCUAUUUGGUAUUUGCCCCAUGCGCUGCCCAAAUUGCGUUUCCUUCCGACGGUAGGCAACGCGAUUUAAAACAAUCUACAUCUUAUAGAAGCUAAUGAUGUCACGUUCGUUGUGUAAAGGAUCGGACCAAGGUGCAGCGUGGUAUGCGUACAUAGUCGUUUAUUUUAAUAAACACUGACAAAAUAGCAAAAUCCAAUAGAACGUGAAGUUCAAGAGGCUAAACAUCAAACAGAAACAAAGAUCCCACAACUAAGGUAGGCAACAUGGCUGCCUAAGUAUGAUCCCCAAUCAGAGACAACGACCGACAGCUGCCUCUGAUUGGGAACCACACCCAGCCAACAUAGAAAUAUAUAAAUUAGAUUUCACACCCUGACCAACCCAACUAGAGAUCUCAAUGUCAGGGCGUGACAAUAGAUCAUCUGUGUCCAAAUCAUGCUUUUUGGUGUAGUAACUUGUCUUGAAUGAUUUGAUUUAUUUCUGUAUAGACAGGAGUAGGCUAAUUAGGCUAUAUCAUUUUAGCUAUUUAAUUCAAUUUAUUUUAUAGGGAGCAGACCGACAGGAAGUGUUAUGUUAUGUUAUUAUAAUGUUAUGUUUUAGGUGAUGGAUAUCAUAGGCCGGGUGCUGUAAGGAGCAGACAGACAGGAAGUUCCUGUGACGGUGUAUAAAUGUUAUGCUAUGUUAUUGUAAUGUUAUAUUAAUAUAACCUGUGUAUUGUGAUAAACUUCCAGGUGUUGGACAUGAUGGACUGGGUGUUGCUGGGAGCAGACAGACAGGAAGUCCCUGUGACGGUGUAUAAAUGUUAUGCUAUGUUAUUGUAAUGUUAUAUUAAUAUAACCUGUGUAUUGUGAUAAACUUCCAGGUGUUGGACAUGAUGGACUGGGUGUUGCUGGGAGCAGACAGACAGGAAGUCCCUGUGACGGUAUAUCCUGGUCAGGAUCUGGUGGAAGCAGACCUUGGUGACGUACCCGAUGUCUACCAAGACCUCCACUGGAACGCUCCUAGAACCUACCUGGGAGACAAGGUACGGACAAAUACCAUACAAUAAACUUUAUUGUUCCCCAAAGUCUUGGACACACAAUCCUGCUGUAAAUAGUAAUAGAUAACAUAUUUUACACACAGUACAUACAUUGCAUGACCCCCCCCCCCAAAGGUCACAAAGACUCACAGCGGGUCCAAGAGUUAAAAUGUUUAAAUGGAGGAGCGCAGAUCACCUGUAGCCAAAACAACAGAGAUUGUUUCACAUGAUAAAGGAAAGGGAGCGAGAGGCUUAAACUCAGUCGCCCUAUAGCCCAGUGACUGUUAAACAGUAACCGGGCCUUGUGCAGACGGGAGAGGGCGGGGCUUAGGGAUGAGUGGAAUAAAUGCUUCGGUAGGUGUAAUUGAGCCAGAGGCCCUCAUAGAGGUACUGUGUUCACGAUGCCAAGGAGAGGGAGAGAGGGGUGAGGGUUGGCGGUGAGGGUUUGCAGGGGGGCAAAAGGAGGCUAAAUCAGAUUACACUACUGCUAAGGGCUUCAUAUAGUACACAUACACAGUCCAGAGGCUGUGGAGACAGACAGCGGGUAUAGAGUUGUUUUGUCUAGAAUAUAUAACACCUUUAAUGUUAGAUCUGAUCUUUCUCUUUGAACAUACCUAGUAACCUUCCUCUAGGAUUUAUUGUCUGACCACCAGUCUGUCUGUCUGUCUGUCUGUCUGUCUGUCUGUCUGUCUGUCUGUCUGCCUCUCUGUUUCUCUAUCUCUCUCUGCUUCAUUAUCUCUCUCCAUCUGUAAAUCUAUCCCCCCUCUCUCCCCCUCUCUCUCUCUCUCUCUCUCUCUCUCUCUCUCUCUCUCUUUCUCUCUCUCUCUCUCUUCAUCUCUCUCUAGGUAUCGUCUUAUGGAGGCUAUCUGCGGUAUCAUCUCCACACUCAGACUAUGAGAGGAGAUGUUCUCUCUCUUCCCGCUGAGGCCUCUCGACCUGACAUCAUUCUCAAGGUAGACAUCACAGUGUACCUUGGCUUUACAUCUAAACAGAUUACGAAGAUGUACUUUGUACAUUAUUACGAAGAUGUACUUUAUUACGAAGAUGUAUUUUGUACUUUAUUACAAAGAUGUACUUUAUUACGAAGAUGUACUUUGUCUUUUACCCUUGUGUUUAGUGUCCUUUAAUGUCUAUGGAAGAAAUGAUGUGUUUGCCACUUGACAUAAACUUAACUAUUAGUAAAGAGCGCUGAAGCCUGGUAAAAGGUUGUGUAUUUCUUGUGGAAACGGCUGUCUGUGUGUGUCAGGAAGCCAGACGAACAGUGAACUGAAGGUUGGCUAGUGUAUCUCUGCUGUUAAAAGAUAUGUCUGUGUGUGUGUGUCUCUGUGUCUACAGGGUAACCAGAUGACCCUGGUGUUCAUGGAGAAAGAAUACUCUUCACCUGAAGAACCACACCUGGGGAUAGUCCACAUGCUAGAGGUAUGACACUGACCUGACCACCUGGGGAUAGUCCACAUGCUAGAGGUAUGACACUGACCUGACCACCUGGAGAUAGUCCACAUGCUAGAGGUAUGACACUGACCUGACCACCUGGAGAUAGUCCACAUGCUAGAGGUAUGACACUGACCUGACCACCUGGAGAUAGUCCACAUGCUAGAGGUAUGACACUGACCUGACCACCUGGGGAUAGUCCACAUGCUAGAGGUAUGACACUGACCUGACCACCUGGAGAUAGUCCACAUGCUAGAGGUAUGACACUGACCUGACCACCUGGGGAUAGUCCACAUGCUAGAGGUAUGACACUGACCUGACCACCUGGAGAUAGUAGAUCACUGACUGUUUACAUCUAAAUACCUAUUUGCAGUCCAACCAGAAGAUUACAAUCUAACUGCAAUAUUCUGCAAUAUUCUGACAUAUACAUGAAUGACAUCAUCAUGACACCCAUGCCUACUCUCACCCCUCCCUCUCUCUCUCUCUCUCUACCCCCCAGGGAAGUUUCCGCCACGCCCAGACGGGGAACGUGGUGUCUAGAGAGGAACUGAUGAUGGUUCUGGUGGGGUUAGAGUCUCUCCAGAUCAGAGCUCUCCACUCCCAGUCCGCCCACACUGUGUCGCUACGCGGGGCGGCGCUGGAGGUGGCACAGACCCUGCCCACCGGGCGACAUGCCAACAACGUAGAGAUCUGCCUCUGUCCUGCUAACUACCAGGGAGACUCCUGUCAGGUUGGUGUUGUUAUUACUGUUUUUACUGUGCUAACGUUGCAUCAGUUGAUACUGGUUUGUUAAUAGCUACAGUUAGCGCAUGUGCGAGGGAUUAUUACUGCACUCACAACACCUUUUAGGGAUUAUUACUGCACUCACAACACCUUUCAGGGAUUAUUACUGCACUCACAACACCUUUUAGGGAUUAUUACUGCACUCCACAAACACCUUUUAGGGAUUAUUACUGCACUCACAACACCUUUUAGGGAUUAUUACUGCACUCACAACACCUUUCAGGGAUUAUUACUGCACUCACAAACACCUUUAGGGAUUAUUACUGCACUCACAACACCUUUUAGGGAUUAUUACUGCACUCACAACACCUUUUAGGGAUUAUUACUGCACUCACAACACCUUUCAGGGAUUAUUACUGCACUCACAACACCUUUCAGGGAUUAUUACGGCACUCACACACUUUUAGGGAUUAUUACUGCACUCACAACACCUUUUAGGGAUUAUUACUGCACUCACAACACCCUUUAGGGAUUAUUACUGCACUCACAACACCUUUUAGGGAUUAUUACUGCACUCACAACACCCUUUAGGGAUUAUUACUGCACUCACAACACCUUUCAGGGAUUAUUACUGCACUCACAACACCUUUUAGGGAUUAUUACUGCACUCACAACACCUUUCAGGGAUUAUUACUGCACUCACAACACCUUUUAGGGAUUAUUACUGCACUCACAACACCUUUUAGGGAUUAUUACUGCACUCACAACACCUUUUAGGGAUUAUUACUGCACUCACAACACCUUUUAGGGAAAGGAGGUUACCUGGUCAGUUGCACAACUGAAUGCAUUCAACCAAAAUGUGUCUUCCUCAUUUAACCCAACCCCUCUGAAUCAACGUCCACGUCAUCGGCGCCCUGGAAGCAGUUGUUGUUGUGGGUUAACUGUCUUGCUCAAGGGCAGAACGGCAGAUUUUACCCACCUUGCCGGCUCGGGGAUUCGAACCAGCGACUUUUUGGUUACUGGCCCAACACUCUUACCCUCUAGCUGCCUACAAUGUGUGGGUCCAUUUAUGUAGAUACACUAAUCCUAUAUGAUUAGGUUUAUGUAGAUACACUAAUCCUAUAUGAUUAGGUUUAUGUAGAUACACUAAUCCUAUAUGAUUAGGUGUGAUGAAGCAAGGAAUUAUAUGUCCAUAAAUUAGUUCAUACAGAUAGGAAUCAAGUCUGAAUCUCUCUUCUCUCAUUUCUCUCUCUGUCCCUCCUCCCUCCCUCUUUCCUUCUCACUCUCUCUCUCCUCUCGUCUACUCCUACUCGCUCGCUCUCUCCUCUCUCUCUCUCUCUGCUCCGCUCUGUCCGUUCAACGUUCUCCUCCGCCUCCUCCUCCUCCUCCUCCUCCUCCUCCCUCUCUCUCUCUCUCUCUCCUCCUCCUCCCCACUCCUCCCUCCUCUCUCUCCCUCUCCCUCUCUUCCCUCCUUUCUCCCCCCUCUCCAGCAAUGUGCUCCAGGGUACUACAGAGACACUAAAGGUCUGUUCCUGGGGAAGUGUGUUCCCUGUAACUGUAACGGCCACUCUGACCAAUGUCUGGACGGGUCUGGAGUCUGUGAGGUGAGUGCAGUUUUUAGUUUAGUCUCAAACAAACAAACAUGAUAGGUUACUCCUGGAUGGGUCAGGAAGCUGUGUCAAUAUGGAAGAUGCACACUCUCCACUCUUUGCAAGGAACUUUUAUUGACAUCAAUGUUUUGCCUUUCCAGCUGAGUUAUAGUCAGCGCUAUAACAACGCUAUAACGAUAAUCAGCACCUCACCUUCAUUGUUCAUUUCUUUAUACUUCCUUGAGGGGAGUUCUCAAGAGAUAACAAUAAGAUAACGCAGAUGGUAGAUUUUACAACAUCGUUAACAUCAGUGGGACCGAGGAGAGGAAGUGUUUUAACUACUGCUUGAAGCACUGAACAUUUAUUUUACCCUUAUUUUACCAGGUAAGUUGACUGAGAACACCAUCCUCAUUUUAAAGCUACGACCUGGGGAAUAGUUACAGGGGAGAGGAGGGGGGGAUGAAUGAGCCAAUUGGAAGCUGGGGAUGAUUAGGUGGCCAAGAUGGUAUGAGGGCCAUAUUGGGAGUUUAGCCAGGACACCGGGGGUUAACACCCCAACUCUUACGAUAAGUGCCGUGGGAUCUUUAGUGACCACAGAGAGUCAGGACACCCGUUUAACGACCCAUCCGAAAGAGUGCACCCUACACAGGUUAAUGUCCCCAAUCACCGCCCUGGCCUCCUACUGACACCACUGUUCUCCAUGUUUUAUGACUCAAAUAAUCAUUGAUAUAGUACCCCCCCCCCCCCCCCCCCCCCCCCCCCCAAAAAAAAAAGGCUUAGCAUUUUAAGGCCAGGCACCACAGUCUGAAAUUAAAUGUUUUGCAUCUACCUAUCAAUUUUGAGAUUUGUUGGGAUUUGGUCCAUUCAUAUAUUAACAUAAACAUGUCAAAAACUUGAUGAAAAUGUAUAUUUUCUUUAGUUUAUCAUCAACAUUUUAACACAUUUUAACCACUUUAAAAUGGACACACAUCAAUAAUUUAAAAGAUCACUACAUUAAAUUACACAUUACAAAAAAAGGCCAUUUCAUAGACAGUGUUAGAAAUUGGACUACACUGUGUACAAAAUAUGAAGAACACCCCCCCUUUGCCCUCAGAACAGCCUUUUUUGACACACUCAAACCGGUGCGCCUGGCACCUACUGUCAUAUCCCGUUCAAAGGCACUUAAAUAUUUUGUCUUAUUCAUUCACCCUCUGAAUGGCACACAUACACAAUCCAAGUCUCAAUUGUCUCAAGGCUUAAAAAUCCUUAUUUAACCCGUCUCCUCCCCUUCAUCUACACUGAUGUGAAGUGGAUUUAACAGGUGACAUCGAUAAGGGAUCAUAGCUUUCACCUGGAUUCACCUGGUCAGUCUAUGUACACUGGGUGUAUAUUUAGUAACUUACUUUGAAGAGAUGGUGAUUGGGUCUAAAUAGGUGUUUGGCGAUUGGUCUAAAUUCAGUGUCCUCUGCAACGGCCAUUUCCCAAAAGUCACUCUUCCCACACACCAACUAAUUUCUUCGCAGUUUCAGAAGCAUCUGCAGUUCACCAAAUUGUGUGUUGGUUAUCCUUAGAUAUAUUCUGCAGACUUGCCCAGAGGGAAUUGUUGAUAUGUUGUAAAUGUAUUAUUCUAGUUUUUUUUUUUAUUAUUUUUGAAAAAUGCGCCAAAAAUGCAUUUGACAAACAUGUAUUUUGUAUUUUACAGAUAGAAAGAUGAAAAGUAUUUAUCCACAAUCUACUCUGGACAAGUCCGGUCCUGGAGUGUCUUAACAUAACGAAACCAAAAUAUUUAGGCUGACUUUAUCCAGUGUCCAGAAAAAUGGAUUUGCGCAUUAUGCAAAUAUGCAUUUUAUGAGAUAUCGCCUCAUUUGCAUAUCUUAAUAAAAUAUUUCAGAGAAAUUGUAAUACCAAAAAAAAUAUUUGUGUCUACGUUCAACUGGUAAAAGUUGAUUGUGAUAUGACCAAGGGGGAAAAAUUACCCUAUGAGGGUGUGGUGCCUGGCUUUAAUGUCUACGAUUCCUUACUCUUAUCAUGUUGUUGUUGUUGUUGUUGUUGUUUCUCUCAGAACUGUCAACACAACAGGGCUGGAGACCACUGUGAAAAGUGUCAGGGUGGUUUCCUUGGUAACAACUCUCUGGAUGGACACGCCCAGUCCUGUGACACCUGCCCCUGUCCUCUGCAAGUGGCCUCCAACAAGUCAGUAACCUCCUCUUCUUUUCGACUCCCCUCUUUCUCUCACCCUUCAUUCACCCCUUCUAUUGCUCAGCUUUCACAUAUUGUACAAACUGGUUGGUUUGUUUUCCCGACUACGACUUCCGACUUCAAUUGAAUCUCUCUCCUGUGUAGUUUUGCAGUGGGCUGUGUAGAGAAACCCAACAGGAUGCAGUGCCUGUGUAUGCCUGGCUACGCUGGGCCCAAGUGUGCAAGGUCAGUACUACAUAGAAUGUUGAUAAAUGGCAUAUAUAUUAUACAGGUAUAUUAUUAUGACAUGGCUGUGAUAUGUGACAUGUUGCUGUGAGUCUACAAGUUUAACUGGAAGUGAAGAGAGCAGUUUUAUGAAGAAGUUUUAUGUUUUUUUAUUUACUGAAAUAAUUUUGGGACUUUUAACAAAUACACUUGUGCCCAUUACUGUCUCCGCCUCCUUUCUCCUGUCUCCUCCCUCUCCCAGGUGUGCUCCCGGUUUCUAUGGUAACCCCAUGGUGAUUGGCAGCACGUGCCAGCCCUGCCGUUGCCAUGACAACACGGACCCCAACAUGCUGUUCAGCGACUGUGACGGGCUGACGGGCGAGUGCCACAGCUGCAUGCACAACACCGCCGGGACAACUCAAUCGGCCCCUUCAGUGACCCACCACCCCAGAACCACCACGUAAACCCCAACAGCCACGCCACUACACCACACACACACACACACACACACACACACACACACACGACCACCACACACAACACACACACACCACACACUCACAAAACACACACAACACGCACACCACACACACAACACACCACCAUACAACCACACCAAACACACACCCACCACCACACAAACACAAACACACACACAACACACACAACACACACCCCAAACACACAACACAACACACACACAACAACCACACACAAACACACACACACACCCCCACACAACACACAACACACACACACACCCCACCCCAACACACACACACACACACACAACCCCACACACACACACACACACACACACACACCACACACACACACCACACAACACAACACACACCCCAACACACAACACACACACACACAACACACACACAAAACACACACCACACACCACAACACACACACAACCACACACACACACACACAACCCACACACACACACACACUCACACACACACACACACCACACACACACACACACACACUCCACACUCACCCCACACACCACACACACACACACACACACAACCACACCACACCUCACACACACACACACACACACACACAACACACACACACACCCACCAACACACACACAUCGAAACACACAUCACACACCACACCCACAAACACCCACACACACAACCCACACACACACACACAGACAACACACACACACACACACACACACACACACACAACCACACACACACACACACACACACCCACCCACACACCACACACUCACACACUCACACACACCACACACACACACACUCUCACACACACAACACACACACACACACACACACACACACUUGAGCACACGGACGUGCGCAUGCAAACACACCACACUCUAGGCUAAUCCCAGUUUACAUAGCUUCUCCCUCCCUGCACUACAUUUCUUUCUCUUUAUUUUCAGGAAGUCUCAAAGACUAGUUCUGUUUUCACAAGGUCUUAAUCUCUUUUAACCUUCUAUAAUGAAUCCAGCUGGUUCUCUGUGAGAAGUGUUUAGCUGUUUAGCUGUUGCAGUGUUUAGUGAUUCCACAUCUCCCUGUGCAUGACUUCCUGUUGGUGCCAUUAGGUGGAGUUGCUACGAUAACCCCUGUCUUAUUUACCCAGGAUGCAACUGUUCCCCAUGUGGCACGGCGUCAUGUGACCCUCACACAGGACAGUGCCAGUGUAAACCUGGUGUGAGCGGGCUCUCCUGUGACUGCUGUGAGGUUCGUCCUCGGUUUAUUUCACUUAUUCACACUCAUGAAUAUUAUGACAAUAAUGCCUCUUAACUCAUCUCGGAAUCCAGAACCAAACAAAUAUUGUCAGAGACUAACUCUUAACCAACUUAUAUAAACCGAAAUACAUCAUUGAUCCUGGUUGCUUGUCUCUGGCAAGCUUAUUUUUCAUGGUUAGUUACGGUAUCCUCAUUACCUAGCUAUGUCAAUAAUGUGUUGUAUUUCAGGACGGUGCGUUUGGCUAUGACUCCUGCUCUGGGUGUCGUCGAUGUGACUGUGACGCGGCUGCGGCCCUGGUCCAACCGUGUGACCCCAGGAACGGUUCGUGUGCCUGCCAGCCAGGGGUCAAGGGGCCUAACUGUCGCCAGUGUGCUCCUGGGUACUGGUCCUACAGUCCUGAGGGCUGCAAGAGUGAGUUACACCUGCCUCAUACACGCUUAGAAAAAAGGCUUCCAAAAGGGUUCUUCGGCGGUCCCUCAUAGGAUAACCCUUUUUGGUUGCAGGUAGAACCCUUUUUGGUUCAAGGUAGAACUCUUUUGGGUUCCAUGUAGAACCCUCUGUGGAAACAGUUUUACAUGGAACCCAAAGGGGUUCUACCUGGAACCAAAAGGGUUCUACCAGGAACCAAAAAGGGUUCUUCAAAGGGUUCUCCUAUGGGGACAGCCGAAUAACCCUUUUCGGUUCUAGAGCACAUUUUUUUUCUAAGAGUGUCAGCCAAUCAGCAUUCAGGGCUCGAACCACCCAGUUUAUAAUAUAGAAGUAUACACUGAGUGUACAAAACAUUAAGAACACGUUCCUAAUAUUGAGUUGCACCCCCUUUUGCCCUCAGAACAGCCUCAAUUGGUCUGGACCUGGACUCUACAAGUUGUCGAAAGCGUUCCACAGGAAUGCUGGCCCUCGUUGACUCCAAUGCUUCCCAUAGUAAUGUCAACUUGGCUGGAAACUGUUGGAAACUGCCGAACGUGAAAAACCCAGCACCGCUGCAGUUCUUUACACACUCAAACCGGUUGCGCCUGGCACCUACUACCAUACCCCGCUCAAAGGCACUUUGUCUUGCCCAUUCACCCUCUGAACGGCACACAUACACAAUCCAUGUCUCAAUUGUGUCAAGGCUUAAAAAUCCUUCUUUAACCUGUCUCCUCCCCUUCAUCUACACUGAUGUGAAGUGGAUUUAACAGGUGACAUCAAACAAAGGGAAUCAUAACUUUCACCUGGAUUCACCUGGUCAGUCUAUGUCAUGGAAAGAUUUUCCUAAUGUUUUGUGCAUAGUAUAUAACCAGGCGUCCCGGUAAUCGAACCCGCAAUCCUGGCGUUGCAAGCGCCGUGCUCUACUAACUGAACCAUACAAGAAGACAAGUUGGAAGUUCGGGUAUAUGCAAGAUGUGGACUAGCCUUAACACUGUGUGUGUGUGUGUGUGUGUGUGUGUGUGUGUGUGUGUGUGUGUGUCUUCCGUUCUCUUCAGAGUGUGAGUGUAAGCAUGGGCGCUGUGACCCUCGGACAGGGGAGUGUCGCUGUGGAGACGGCCUGACAGGCAAACAGUGUGACAGCUGUUCCCAUAGAUACAGUGUUCCUGUACAACACGGACAUGAUAUGACCUGUGAACGUAAGUACUGGGUCUGUUAUUGAAUCCAUAUCUACUGUAAGGUGUAUUGGCAUUUUUACUUUACUGUGAUUUUAUUUGAGAAGGAGAGAUGGAGACAGGGAGAGAUGGACAGGGGGAGGGGGAGAGAUAG